AUGCGUCUUCUACUACUCCUUUUCUCCUCUUUACUCCUGUCAUCAAGCUCCGCCGCUCCUUCUCCGACGACAGGUCCUGGAAUUCUGGAGAUUCUGAUAGAAUCUGGAGUUUCAACAGAUGUUGGAUUCGUUGUGAACUGUAACGAGAAGAGUCAAGUAACUCGGCGUCACUUGAAGCCAAACACUCCGGAAUUAUUGAUUUUCGAUGAGUUCAAUCAAACACAUUUUUUCCUCGACAUAAAUGUCACGAUUCACGAUAACGUCACAUCACAUUCAAUUAUAUUUUACCCAAAUCAAGGCUUAUACGACAUCGAUGAUUUGCCACUACCGUACACCGGUCUCCAGAUAAGAUACAAGUGUGUUGAAAAUAGGUACGGUAAUAAAUGUGAGCAACAUUGUUCUGAGUACAGAGAUAACUGGCGAUGUAAUCAAUUUGGGCAUCAUAGUUGUGCCGAGGGUUACUGCGGAUGGAAUUGUCACAAAUUUGGAUCGGAAUGCCAUCGCUUCGGAGAAUGCAAAUGUCAGAAUGGUGGAAAAUGUUAUCCACAUCCCUUCCUCCUUCCAGAGCAUCUAGACAUGUGUGAAUGUCCGCCAGGUUACCACGGUGGCUAUUGCGAGGAAUUCAAGUAUUUCGACAGAAAACUGAAAUUUUCGACAAAUUUCGGACUGAACACGACGGUUAAGAACAAAUUUUCGAAUCGUACCGAUAUCUACCAACUUUUCGAAAAAUACGAAAAGGAACAGCGGACAUCCGGGAAUAAGGGAUUUCUUGCAUUUUUCAAGCAUUUCGAUAUAGCGGCAAAACUGUGGAUUCUCAUUUGCAUGGUGGCGAUGGUGGGUUACUGUAUCUACAAAUUCUGUGGAGGAUCGGAAAAUGAGAAGCAGAAGAUUCCGGAGACUUCUGGGGAUAAGAAGAAGACGUCAGAAGAAGAGAAGAAGUGUAUUCUGAUUGAAAUGAAUGAUAUGUGA